GUUUCCUAUAACAACGCCAUCUUACUGAUAACAUCCGAUUACAUGGCAUUAGCAAUUCAGAUCAAAAGGCGAACAGUUUCUAAAACAGGUGCAUCAAAACUAAAAGUCAGGACAGGAUUAUUACCAUCGCAUUUCUUACAUCGCACUGACCUGUAAAACGACGAAGAUACUGGUAAACAGCACAGUAACCUCAGAUACUGGACACACUAUUGUCGUUUGGACAUCAGUAGCAGAGUCAGAUAUUUCAUAUCUGUGAAGACAACCAUGGCAAAUUAUGAUGUUAACAAAAAGUGGGAUGUGUAUGAGACUUCUCAUCAAAGAGAUUUCAUCUAUAGACCCAUCUCAUCUAUUCCGACUCCAAUACGGCCGAAAACAUCUGGCAAGAUCUAUAGAAAUUCACAUGCAUUGGAUGAUCCAGUGGGUGUGACUGCAUACAGUGAAGACUUCUGCUGGAAGCCUGUGUCAAAGACAGCCUGUAUAAGGUCUGCCACAGCAUCAGGAAACAGAAGGAACAACCCACACCCAAGAAGGGAGUUCAUGGUGUGGAGGCAUAGUGCAGAUCAAAUUAAACACUUUGAUGGUCGUUCCUCACUUCAACUUGCAUUGUCUGAGAAGGAAAUCCAAAAGGCUCUGAGUGCCCAGUACAGGUCGACCUACAGGACUGAUUUUCUUGGAUUACCUCAAGGAAUUUUGAAGAAUCAUGCAAUCUUUGCACCUUUAAACCAUAGUCAUGCUGUCAACUACUAUACUCAGACUGAAAUGAGGCACAACUACCGCCCACCCAAAUCAAAACUUGAACUUCUGGGGAACAACUCUCGCUAUGGGUGCAAUAGGCUGCAUGGUAUAGCAGCGAAGGGUAUUGUCCCUACAGUGAUUCACAGCCACAUCAACAAUCAGGAAAACAGCAAACUGCAGACCACCUACAAUAAACAUUUUGGAAGCGAACAUACAGAUGUCUCCUCAGUGCUCAAAUCAAUCUCACCUCAGACGUUUCAACAGAUUUGUAAGAAAUUAUCUGAUAAAGAAAAAAAGGAUGUGAAGACAUUACGUAUAACCUCUUCUCAUGGAUGUAAGGUGAAGAAUACUGGUGUAUUCAUGCAAGCCCCUUCCACACUGGAGAGGAUGUCAGCCUGGCCUGGGCCUUUAUAAACAUGUUAUUUUGAACCAUGAAAAGCUAUAUGAAUAUGUGUGCUGGGCCUUUAUAAACAUGUUAUUUUGAA